ACCACCAGAUCAUGACCUGAGCCAAAGUCGGACGCUUAACCGACUGUGCCACCCAGGUACCCCAAUCCAGUGAUAUUUUUUAAAGACCUAAAUAAACGUGGAUGUAGAUUAUGCACAUGGACAGAGUUUGGUAUGGAAAAAAGUCAACCCAGUCCUUAAAUCCUGACCAUGUGUGUGUUGGGGAAGGGGGGUGUAUAAUUUGAAAAGCUGACUUUGUCAGCAAAGUCACCUGUGCCUUGCCCAUUCUUGGCCUUUUGUUCUUAUCAAAGUAGUAUUAGGACAGGGGACUGGGCUAGUGCCUCCCUGGCUUUAUGGCUGAGGUGGGGGGAGCAGCACAGGGACAGAGGGAACCAGGGCAGGAAGGAGAACAUCUAGAAAUGGGUCAGUGUGCAUGUGAGCUCCAACCGGGACAAAGCAGGCCUUGCAAGUCCCUGGGGACGGACAGGCAGUGUGGGAAUGAAAGACGUCGGAGCCCUACCUCACACCACACGGCAAGAAGAGUUCCAGACAGACUUAAAAACCUGGUGCCGGGGAAUGCAAAACCUUAUCCCUCUUUGAAGAAAAUGGAGAGUAUCCACCAGGAAGGAUUUGCAAAUGGAGAGGGAGAAUAAAGCACAAAUAAAGGAAACACAUUGGACCGCAUUAAAAUUAAAAACUGCAGCUCGGCAAAAUACACCAUAAAAAAAAAGUCAAGACUAGCCAAAAAUAGAGAGAGGGUGUCUGCAGCACUUAUAAGGGACCAGUAUCCAGAGUAGAGAGAGCCAGGGACGAGGCUGCAGAGAGAGACAGCGAUGGGGAGGGGCAGGGUGAGUGGGGAGGGAAGGGUAGAUGAGUCAGACCCACGCUGUCCUGGAUGGAGACAGGCAGGGGUGUGUGUGUGUGGCCAGAAGGAGGAGAGAAGAGGCAGCAGUUCUAAAGGGCCCUGGGCAGGCAGGCAGGCCAGCGAUGCCGCAGGCGGGUCGGGAAAACAGCAAAGCCAGGGUCUGGGUACCGGGAGACGGUGAGAAGUAAGCUCUCAGAAGCCAGUCAGGGAGCAGCAAAGGGAAAGAGACGACGAGAGGCAGGAAGGUCCGGCUGGGGAAGCAUUAAAGCCCACAUCGGCCGCUCCAGGGCGUGGAUACUAGGGCGUGGAAGGUGUGUGCCUGUGAGCACCUGCUGGUCUUUGUGAACAGGAUGUCCCUGAAUAUCUGGGCACAAGUGGCUCCACGUGUGUGCCCUAAGCGCGCGCGUAUGUGUGUGAGAACCUGCAUGCAUAUGCACACACGUGGUUAGAGAAUGAGAGGCUCCUUUGUGCAGCGCCCAGUGAUCACCACCACCCUGCACUGCCUAGUCUGGCCUAGAAAGAGCUGGAAGCCAGGUGGCCAGCCUUUUCUGAGCAUCCACUAUGUACCAAGAUUUCUCAUUUAAUCUUCCUUCACUCUGUUCUCAUAGGACAAAUGGAGGCCAGGGAGCCGCGGGGUCACCACCGUGAGGUCACCCAGCUAGUAAUGGGGGCACCGGGAGUCACACCCCGGUCAGUGGGCUGGGGGGAGGUCAGGGUUGUUGGCUGCCACCCCUGUCCCUCCCCACAUCCCUCCCAGCGGAGGCCAGAGAACAGCUGCAUCUGCCCCGGCCCAGCCGCCCUCCCCACGCACCCCCCCUCCUUCCUGGGCGGCCUCAUUAGAGAUUCUGCCGGUGCCACCAGCUAAUUAGUGUCACGUUAAUUGAGCAUUCAGGAGGCUGCCACCUCCAAGGGCAGAGUGUCGGCAGCAAAGGGGAAUGCAGAUGCAGACUGCUCCUCCCUGUGGGCUCGGGCCAGGCCCUGUGCCCAGGGACCCCUUGUGCCCCGGAGCAGCCCGGGACACCCCUCGCCCCAUUUCGACAACGUAAUGCCCGCUGUGACUUCCUGAGCCCGAAGGCAAGAGGCAACAGGCAAAAUCUGCAACCGCAGGAGAAAAGAGGGGACGUUUGCUGAACGCCUACUGUGAGCCUGGCACACCUUUAGCCCUCCCUCUCCUCCUACGGGACAGCUGCAGUUACCUCCAUUCAGUCACGAACUCCAGGGUCCGCCAAGGGGACGGCUUCUGCAGGAGUGUGUCCAGUGGACCAGCAGAAGCCUGCGUUCAGCUGGACGGCACCUGCAGGGGCCAGGAUGUAGCCACGGAAGGUGCCUGGAGUCCCACAGAGAAGCCUGGGACAUGGGGGCAGGAAUUCCGCGCUGGCAUCUCACCCCUCACCCACCCCCACACCCUCCUCCACCUGCCCCUUGGCGAGCAGGUACCGCACACCUUACGGGGCAGAGUAUCACAUGGACUUCAGCCUCCUGUGAUCUGUCCACCCCUUCGUCCCCUUAAAGAUGAGAAACGGGGUCACGUUAAGUGUCCUGUCCAAGGUCACCCGGAGCAAGCGGUCACACCGCGCAUCUGUCCGCCACGGCCUGACUCCUGCCAGAGUCCGAGCUGUGCACCUGUGCCCUGUGUGGUCUCUCCAGCAGAGCCCUCACCCCUCCACCCCUGCUUCUCCCCCUCCCGAUGCGGUGCCGCUGAGUCCCGCUCUCCCGUCUCCCUGUAGCAACAUUAAAUCCCACUCAAAGGGCCGCUUUUAAUUGGCUUAAUAUACUCGUUAAUAACCACGUCUCUUUAACGCACCUGUAAAAGGCCCAUAACAUUAACGUAAGGGCAGUGACGGCUCAUCCGCACUUCCAGCCAGCCUUUUAAAUUUCCUUUAAUGGGGGCCACGGGGCAGGGGCAGCCCAGCUCACAGGGUGGGUGCCUUUGCUUCCCUGCACGGGAGUCGGGUGCUGUCUGCCUGCUGCCCCUCAGCCUCUCGGAGUCCUCAGAAUAGAGAAUUCUCUGGACUCGGCAGCACUUUCCAAGCACCUGCCGUGGUUCCACACGUUUUUUUUUCAGGCGUCAGGGUGGUGAGAAAGUGCAGGGCUUGGCCUCAGUACCUAGCCCUGGAGACAAGUCAACAGGCAGUUACAGCUUGGGGAGCCCGUUGUGGGGGUGGGGGGCAUGUCCCGGCUGAGACCGGGAGCGCCGGAGCCAGCUACCCAGGGCGGGUGUGAGCAACCUUUCGUACUUCAUUCUCCCAGCACGAAAUCCGAGCAUCUUCUGUGCUCCAGGCACUGUUGGGACAAUUGCACCCAACCCCAGGCUGAUCACUCUCAAUCAGGAACCGGGGAGGACCCAGAGGUGUCUCAGGGUGCGGGAGACAGACGGACGCAGACUGGAUGAGUUGGGUGUGUGCGGGAGGGGAGCACAGGGAGGCCUCGUUCCAGCCGGGCUCUAAAGGACCAGUGGGAAUUUGGUUACGGAGGGAAUGCGUGUCUGUGUGCGAGAAUCAUCCCAAGCCAUGGCGUCUGUGGUGCCCAGGGGACACACGGCCAGGGCUCAGAUCCUGGCUCACGGAUCCUUUCUAUGUGACCAGAGCUCUCAAAGUGACGGUCCUUGGGCCAUUUCCCACCCGCCAGGUGUAUGAUUUGCCCCACUCAGUGACGGAGCCUGAUUUCAAGGGUGAACGCCCCCAGGCAGGGCACGGCCUCCCUGCGCACCUCACCUCAGUCCCUGCCCCGCCUGGGCCUUAGGGCUCAUUCCCGACCCAUCUGUCCUUCAGUCCUCAGCAAAAAUCCCCGCUUGACACCCUGUUCCUUGAAUGUCUCACCUCUUCUGAAACCCAGGGCUGCCUCCCAGACUGCCGUGAGGACUUCAGGAGGGCGGGGCUGUAAGGAUUUGGCACAAUGCCUGGUCUUGGGCCACACUCAAGGGAGGGUGGUUGUCGGCUCAUGAGAGGAGGCCCGGGGGCCACCGUGUGUGUGUCCAGGGGCCUGUGGGGAAGGAGGGUUGCAGAGAGAGGUCAGGGUCAGAUGGCCGGGGCCUCGAAUACCAUCCUGAGCAGUUCAGAUUUCACAAACACUGGGGCCCACUGGAGGGUUUUACAGAGACACCCCCCCCCCCCGGGGACUUGGAGACAAUGGGGGGAGCUCCAGUGAGUUCCUCACCACCAGCAACUACAGCACCCACUGAGGACAGGACCCUUUAUGGUCCUCACAAAAAUUCUCCAAGGACAGCAAUAGCAGCAGCGUCCCCAUUUUACGAGAAAACGGAGGUUCCCAGAGGGGUCGCGGCCCGCCCAAAGCCACACGGUGCGUGUGUGGCACAGCUGGGAUCUGAAUCCAGAUCUCUGGGACUCGGCCCCCAUCCGCCCCCCUGCACCAUGAUGCCUUUUCAAAAGGCUGCCAGCCGCCCUCCACGCUCUGCCUGGGAGCAGAGGCAGCCGGACAGUGACGGGCGCCCAGGCGGGCAGACAGGGAGGGCCUCGGGCUGCUCAAGGCCAAGGGAAGAGGAAGAGGGUUUGAAGCAGGCUACGUGACGCAGACGUCAAGGGCAGGAGGGCCCUGGGAGAAAGGAGAGCUGUGCGCCUGUCCCCCACCCUAAAGCAUCGCAAGGUCACGGCCAGCCACUGGCAACGACAGAAAAGCACAGAGAAGAAGCGAAACGCCCCCUCACCAGGCAGGGCCAUGCUGGCAUCUGCGGCUCUUUUCUUCUUCAGUCUUGAUUUGACCCCCCAACCCUUCAACAGGGAAGGAGAGAGACGGACGGCUCUUGAGUACAGCCCCUCUGUCACCUCCUCUUUCCACAUACCUGUACUCUAUACCUUUGCCCACUUCAUCAGAGCCUUCUAGAACCCAAGCCUCAAUGCCCAGCAAAGCACACUGCUGCUGAGAACCUGCUGGGUGCUCUGUCUCGUGGGGACAGGCUGCUCCCAGGACUUCCUCCUGAUGCCCCUUUUCCUGCCCUAUUUUCCACCCAGUAGCUCAAGGGGUCCCAUCAAAACUCUAGGUAGGUCACGUUCUUCCUCUGGUCCCCACCCUCCAACGUGGACCAGGAGCCCAGGUCCUCAAGUACGCCACCCUGUCCAUCUUCUACGGGCCUUCCCUGCUGGCUCUGCUUCCCCAGACGCACCUCGUCCACGCCCCUUGGCCUUGUUGCCUGCCGUCCCCCUGCGGACACUGCUCUUCGUCAGACAGCCUCACGGCCCACUCGCUCACCUUCCCACCCUCUCUCCAAGGCCGUAUCAUCAGAGACGCCUUCUUCGCCGAUCGCCGAGUCCACACUGAACACCCCUCCACCAGGUCUGCCCCGUCCCCUGUGCCCUGUUUCUGUUACUGUGCUUGCACAACAAAUUACCCCAAAAGUCAGUGGCCCCCGACAGCCAUGUGGUACGCUCAGGGGUACGGACAGGGCACAGGCUGGGGGCUGGAACCUUCUGAAGGCUUUUGCUUCCUCAUAUAUCAGGUGGUUGAUGCUGGCGGUCGGGAAAACACCCACACGUGGCCUCUCCACGUGACCUGGACUUCCGAGAGCAGAGUGCCUGAGUUCCGGGGGUGGACGCCCCAAGGCACCGACACAGAGCCACCUCGGGCUCCAGGCGAAGCCAUGCCGCAAUGACCCAGCCACACAACAUCGUGUCUGCCCCACUCUGCUCAGUAGAAUGGAGUUGUUCGAGCGAAGGAAAAGCGGCCUCUGCGAUUUGUGGGAGGAGUGGGAGAACUCGUGGACGUGUUCUAAAACUACCACACCCACUCUAUCCUUGUUUCCGGGGCCGGUUGCUGCCUGACUCGACGUAUAGGAUCGUCGCCCCACGAGACUGUCGGCUCCAUGAGGGCAGGGACUCUGCCCGGGCUUUGGUUACUGCUGCUUUUCCCAGGCCCUGCAUAGUGCCUGCAUAGACGAGGGCCCAGGAAGCAUCUGGUGGAUGCGGGGCUGAGGGGAGGCUUCUGAGAGGCAGCUCUCCACGAGGCUGUCCGCUUGGCUUAGUUCCUCCCAAGUGUCAUGACUGGCAGUGAACAGGGGCCCCCAGGCUGGACGGGUCCGUCUGGGCACAGCGCCAUCAUUCAUUGAGACGUUCCUGAGCACCUACUAUGUGUCCUGUAGACACCGGGGACUCCGCAGUGAGCAAGCCAGCUCAGGGGGCCCGAGUCUGGUGGGGGAGAAGGACAAGUCCCCGGCACGUGGUGACCAAGCCCAGGCACUGAUGGAGCCCAGCUGGGGGGACCCAAGAAGGCAGGGAGGGAGUAGCACUGAAAAGAGGCGCUGGGAUCCCCCAACAGGCCCCCUCCCCUGCCACCCGUUAACCCUGUGAGCGCUCUUCCCACGUCUCCCAUCCUCACCGCUGCUGAGAAGCCCGCCAGAGACAGCCGGCUCGGCUGGUGCCAUCUGUGAGGCCUUUUUUGUGUCAUCACAAUGGCCACACGGGGCUGUGCAAGAGCACUGAACUGGUGGCUGGGCCCCCCUCCAGGAACCCCGGUGGGAAAAACUGGGUGUGAGGCACCCAGGGUGGCUCAGGAGAAAGCCCUUCAGGAACAAGGCACAAGGCAGGGGCUGUGGCAGCCACGGCCUCAGCGCAACUGGGCCAGGUUUGGGACCGGGGACUCUGGUGACCUGCAGGGGCACACCCAUGCCCCCACCCAAAGGCACUCCCAUUCAAGACACCGGAGAGCCCUGAGCACAUGCCGGGCGAGACCCGCUCAGGGCCGCGGGCUGGCAGGCCCUGGCAGCCAGCCAAGGGCAGGGGUGAGAGCUGCUGGGCCUGUGACCUCUAACGGCUCACCUCCUGCCUCUCGGAGCCUCCGGGCUGACUCCGGGGUCCCUCCUUUGGAUUAUUCCCACCCUCCCCUCCCCCCAGUUCUAUGGAAGAGGGAGAGCCUCUCGAGUGUCCUGGCUUCACGGGGGCCUGCCUCGUGAGGCGAGUGUUAUGAAGACUCGGAAGGAAGACACGCCGGGUCCAGUCUCAGCACCGCCCCUUGCCCGUGGCGUGGUCUUAGGAAGCUCUGAGGUCAUACCCUCAUCUGUAGAACAGGGGCCUCUGCUAGUUAUCUGUUGCCGUGUAGCCGGUGACUUCAGAACUUAGCAGCUUGAGACCUGGACAGACGCGUGUUCUCGCUCAUGGUCUGUGAUCAGGGAUUCAGGAGAGGCUUAACUGGGUAGUUCUGCUCUGCGUCUUCCAUGAAGCUGCAGUCAGGAUGCUGGCCGGGACCGUACUCAUCCGAAGGCUCGACCGGGGCUGCCUCGCAUGGCUGUGGGUGGGAGACCCCCGUUCAUCUCCCCCGUGGGCUGCUUCCCCCGCAGCAAGCGAUCCGGGCGAGACGGCCGCCAGCUCCAUGCAUUCGUCCCGCUACCCGAGCCCGGCCGAGCUGGACGCCUAUGCCGAGAAGGUGGCCAACAGCCCGCUGUCCAUCAAGAUCUUCCCCACCAACAUCCGGGUGCCCCAGCACAAGCACCUGGGCCGCACGGUCAACGGCUAUGACACCAGCGGCCAGCGCUACAGCCCCUACCCGCAGCACGCCGCCGGCUACCAGGGCCUGCUGGCCAUUGUCAAGGCCGCCGUCUCCUCCUCCGGCAGCGCCGCGCCUGCCGGGCCUGCCAAAAGCGUGCUCAAGAGCGCCGAGGGCAAGCGGACCAAGCUGUCACCAGCUGCCGUGCAGGUGGGCAUCGCGCCCUACCCGGCGCCCAGCACUCUGGGGCCCCUGGCCUACCCCAAGCCGCCCGAGGCACCCGCCCCACCACCCGGCCUGCCCGCGGCCGCCGCCACCGCUGCCUCCGUCAUCCCCCUGCCUGGCCGUGGCCUGCCCCUGCCGCCUUCCAACCUGCCCUCCAUCCACAGCAUCCUCUACCAGCUCAACCAGCAGUGCCAGGCCCCGGGCGCCGUGCCUGCCGCCUGCCAGGCCGUAGCCGGUCCCCACCCCAGCCCGGCCAAGCACGGCCCCGUGCCCAGCUUCCCCGGCAUGGCCUACUCGGCUGCUGCCGCCGGCCUGCCCGACUGCCGGAAAGGUGCCGAGCUGGGCCAGGGCGGCACGGCGGCCUCGACCUUGGCUGGGGCCACCAAGCCUGCAGGGUACGCCGACGGGGGCCUGGAUUACCUGCUGUGGCCGCAGAAGCCGCCCCCACCCCCACCCCAGCCGCUGAGGGCCUACAGCGGCGGCACAGCGGCCAGCAAGUCCCCCGAGGCGUGCGGGGGGCGGGUGUACGAGCGGGCCAGCGGGUCGCCCCUCAGCUGCGCCAUGGGGCUGCCCACCGGCUUCACCGUGGGCCAGUACUUCGCCGCCCCCUGGAACAGCGUGCUGGUGACUCCCACCAGCGAUUGCUACAACCCGGCGGCAGCCGUGGCCGUCACGGAGCUGGGGCCGGGGGCGCCCCGGGAGCUGGCAGGCCCCCCCGUGGAGGCCCUCUCGGGCCUGCCCAGCAAGAGCGUGUGCAACACGGCCGUGCUGAGCAGCAGCCUGCAGUCACUGGAGUAUCUCAUCAAUGACAUCCGGCCGCCCUGCAUCAAGGAGCAGAUGCUGGGCAAGGGCUACGAGACCGUGGCUGUGCCCCGGCUGCUCGACCACCAGCACGCCCACAUCCGCCUGCCCGUCUACAGAUAAGGCCUGCCCGGCGGACGCGUGGACAGACGGACAGGGCGUCGAGCGGGAAGGCAGGCCGCAGAACAGGGUGGGCAGCGCACAGGGGCGCCCAGCCUUGCCCUGUGCCCGAGUGCCCGUGGGUGCCCACAGGGAAGCCGGGCGGGCUGCUGCCGUGCGGCCACCUGAUGGGGAGUGGCGGGGCCACCUUUCUCCCCAAGGCCCCUCCCUGCUAUCGGCUGCCCGAGGACACAGGGAGGGCCCGGGACCACCACUGACGUCCACCACUUCCUCCAUCCAAGCUGGCAGAGGCAGGGAGAGAGAAACCACUUUAAAACAGGAACGGUUCUUGCUGGCUUUCCCAAGAGAGGGGCUCAGGCCAUGGGGGGACACAGGAGGAAAUGUGAUGGUCCAGAGUCAGGGUGGGGUCAGAGCAGCCCCCAGGGGUCAGAGAGCUCCUCCCCCCACGGGCUCCCCGUCUCCUGGAAAAGGAGCAGAGAGGGGGUAUAGGAAGUCACAGGGCCUACAGUGUCCCCCACUGGCCAAUCCAAGUGAAGACCACUCUGAGAGAGGCUCCAAGGACCACCAGUCCCCCUGCUCCUCCUCCUCUAGAUUCUCCUUCCCUCCUCCCAUUUCUUCCCCAAACAGAAUCACACCCCAUCCCCACCCUCCAGACCCCGUACUACCACCAUCCCCUUUCUCUCCACAUCUUACAGGGCUGCUGGGCACGGCUGUACAGGCUGUGCACCGCACAAGGGCACCUCGUCCGAGGAGACACCAUUUGCAUCCUAGACGUGUAUAUUUAUUACGGCAGUUUUCUGAAUCUUGAGGAAGGGGCGCCAUUUUCCUAUUCGCACAAAGGCACCACAGGGGCUAGCGGUGGCUGCCCUGCCUUCCUCAGGGGUUCUCCUCAGAGCCAGUGAGAGGCAACCUACUGGUUUUAACCGGGAGACCCAAUCCAACGCCCUUCCUGCAAGCUGCCCUCCAAGGCCCACCCCACACCAUGGGGAGGCAGGCAAGGAGCCCCCUCUUCGGUCCCCAAGUCCUGGCCCCUCUGGCACUCCGGAAGCGGUACUGUAUCUCUCCAAGGCCUGUUCGAGCACUAAGUGCAUUUACAAAUCUCUGAGAAUGUUUUUUUUUUAUACUAAAAUUGACCAUUAUAUUCUACUGUGAGAAGUGCAGUCUGCACUAUAUUGUUUUAAAAACGAAGAGAAAGAAAAAAAAAGGAAAACACAGA